GUUUAUCGUAUCUAAGAAAGAAAGAAGCGAGCAAGUAGCAGCAACAACAACAACAAAUUACCAUGCCUAAAAGAAAACCAAGUCCAUGGCUAUCUACGACGUACCAUGGAUUCUUAGUCCCAUUUGCUAUUCUCUCUCUCUCUCUCUCUCUCUCUCUCUCUUAUUAUUAACCUCUCCCGAGGUCCCCAUUUUCUUCCUCUAAGCUAUAUUAAGACCUGAAGAAGUGCCAACAACAACAAAGCGGAAUUCCUUGGCAGUCUCUCUCUUGUUCUGAGAGGAGAAGGAAACAAAAAAAUAAAGGAAAAAUCAGACAAAAAAGGGAGAAGAUUUGUUCGGAACUUUCACGUUAGAUUGCAGAUUUCCUCACACCGCCAUCCCCCUGAACUACUGUAAUAUCCGGACCUUUUUGCCCUUGCAAUUUUUCAGUUUUUUUCUCUGAUUUUUUCCCUUAAAAAUCGAGUCUUUGUUAUGUGUUUCUCUCAGGAAUCAUGAAAUUUGACCUUGGGAUGGUUUCUUUUCUGGGGUUUUCUUUGGGAUCGGCUUGUCGGGCUCCGAUCUGGGCCAUUUCUUUGCUUGCGGGAUGGAUCCUGCCCGGAAUCGGGGUUUCUUGAUGGAUUCCGAUCGGUAUCUGGUUAUGGUGUGGGUUAGGUUUAGAACAAGUUGGAGUUUUGGCGCGGAUGGGUUACAGAUAUCUUGGACUGAGGGUCAAGGAAUGGGAUAUGGUGAGGGUUUGAGAUUGGGCAGCCAAACUUGGAUUCUUGGUUACGGGUAGCUUUCCUUCUUGUUUGGAAGUUGAUCUUGGAUUUUUAUGCUACUCUGCGUAUUUUUUUCAUUUUGACCUUCAGUGGACUUGAUUUUGUGUUUUUUUUUUUCUUCUUUUUGACUGUAUAACAGAACCAAUAUAACCCAUUUUGAGCCAAGGUUCCAUCUAAAUGAUGGAUUGGGACUUGGCUUAGGCUGAUGCCAGAGGUUUUGGGAUAAAGCUUAAAUUUUUCUGUGACCUGACAAUUUAUGUUUUAGGUUAAUUUUCUGGAGAAAUUUUUUGUGCAUUUUAACCUUAAACCUGAAUCAAAGUUUUUCACAAUUAUAAUCUCAAAAGCUUACUUUGAAAUGCAGUAAGCUUUAAGUAUAGACUUUUAUUGGACGUAGAACCAAUUGUUAGUUGCAUUUCUUUUUUUUGUUUUUUAAUUGGUCAUAUCUUGGGCUAUAUUAUAGAUGACUAUUGUCCUUGUUCCACAAUUUAAAGUGCAGGGCUUGGGAUUUGGUGAAUUGUGGAGCGGUACUUAAACUGUAGUGGUUGAGUCCAAUCCUGUACUUUCGUCAAGAAUUAUAGGACAUUGGAUUGUUUGUUGCAUGCUUUGGGAGGAUUUCUCAUUGUUUUGAGGAUUCUGCCUGUGUAUAUUUUUUCUUGCCGGAGGAGAUCAAGACUGCAAUAUUUAUUGAAUCAAUAUUAAUUGUUCUAUUAAUUCAGAAGUUACAAGUGCGGGUCUAAAGUUCAGAUUCUUUCCUGUUAAGGUUACUUUUCUAUUGCUGAUCAUAAUAUGGUAUCAAGUGAAAUCUUUGCAACUAUAUUCUAAGAACACAUAAAAACUCUGGCAGUAGAGUUUUAGACAUUACAAAGUGUAAGAGUUUACAAGAUGGUAAUAUUCAUAUAAAUUUGGCCCUAUCAUCUUUCAAUACUUUUCCUCUUGAAGUUGUGAUUUAUGGCUUGCUACAUGAUGAACAGUAAUGUUGAUGGAAGCCAUGAUGUUCCUACUAUUGAGUUAGCAAGAAGUGCUUUCAAGAUGACAGAUAUGAAUGGAAGCAGUUCUACUAUUUCAGAUAUUGCUGCUUUGCACAAGGAAUGGGAUGAGAUUUCAUGCCCAAUUUGCAUGGACCAUCCUCAUAAUGCUGUCCUACUGAUCUGCAGUUCUCAUGAGAAAGGCUGCAGAUCUUACAUCUGCGAUACUAGUUACCGGCAUUCCAAUUGUCUGGACCGAUUCAAAAAACUGAAAGUGAACGAUAGGGACAGCUCUUCUCAGCAGAGCUCUUCCAUCUUUGAGAAUUCUGACACUGGAAAUCUUGAACAGAGGGAUCCUCAUAAUCCCAAUUCUGAAUCUAUUCUUGGGGGCCUGAGGACCAGAGGAAACUUGGUGGAAGCCCACGAAGGUAAUGGCUUUGAAGAAAAUAAUGAAGGGAGCUCUUCAAGCAUAUUUGAAGAAUUGGAAGAAAUUAAUAAUGGCCAGGAAAGUGAGAGAUCGGCAGAAGCUCAGGGGGAAGAAAGAAACAGACUGCAGGAAUCUGGUGGCAGUAAUGCAUCAGCUGAGAACUGCUUGAAGUGUCCCCUUUGCCGGGGUACUGUCAUGGGUUGGAUGAUUGCUCAAGAAGCAAGACAGUAUCUGGACCAGAAGCCAAGGGCCUGCUCUCGGGAAUCAUGCUCAUUUUCUGGCAACUACAGGGAGCUCCGCAGACAUGCCCGGAGGGUCCACCCUCUGACAAGGCCUGGUGAUGUGGACCCAUCACGACAGCGUGCCUGGCGCCGCUUGGAACACCAGCGGGAGUAUGGUGAUAUCCUCAGUGCUAUCAGAUCAGCAAUGCCUGGUGCAAUUGUGCUAGGUGAUUAUGUUAUAGACAAUGGAGAUGGGCUAUCCCGUGACAGGGAAAGCAAUGGAUCAGGUGAAGGGGGUGGACCAUGGUGGACAACAUUUUUUCUGUUCCAUAUGAUUGGCAGCCCUAUUGGGUCCCUUGGUGAGCGAAGGGGCUCAUCCAGGGCUUGGCAGACACAUCGACGCUCAGGACACCGUAAUCUAUGGGGGGAGAACCUAUUGGGUCUGCAAGACGAUGAUGAUGAUGAUGAUGAUGGGAACCUAGAUGAUGACAUUCCAAUACCGAGGAGGCGUCGGAGGUUCAUGAGAUCCAGACCUGAUGACGAGCAGCCAUAAGAAAGAACUUUCUGUUCGAGGCUGUUGCAGUCACUGGAUUGGGAAAUUCUGAAGCUUCAGAGGGACAGUUCUCGAGGUUAGAUUGGAUGGUUGGAAUGGUUUGUUCUGUGUUGAUUUAUUAUUGCUAGCAAUUGACAUGUCUUCUGUAAUUAAAUAUAUACAUAUAUAUAGACUUGGUAUGGAUAACUAAAGCUUAGUGGCUGCGAGCAUGAUCUGGAUGCUUGCUCUCUCUGGUUUGGUCUUUGCAAUAGAGCUAAAAAAUUAUUUUCAUCGUCAAACAUGCCCAAGUGGCAUUCAUCAACUGUACAGAGUGACAUUUGAAGGCAUUUCUAGCACAGCUGUUCUAUUGCAGUGAUUUCAGGUGUUAGUUAUAAAGAUUUCUCCUGGUUGUUUAAAU